AUGCCGCCCUCAUCAGAGCCCAGUAGCCCUCUAGCCGAGGCUAUUGAUAAGUUCUUAGAAGAAAUGAAGGCUCGCGACCGAAAAAGUCGAUUCUAUGAGGAAGUACUGAACUCGCGGGCUGCCAUUGCUGUCUCCCAGGGACAACAAGGAGUGAGAGAAUGCGCAGGCAGAUUGGAGGAAUUUGUUAAGCAGAUUGAGCAACAAAGAAAUUCAUCGAAGACGGUCAAAGCUUUGCAGACAGUCGCUCCUUUUAUCGAUGGCUUGCAAAACUUGAUGUCAGCCUGCCAGACUAUCAUACAAGCAAGUCCAUUCGCGGUCGGUGUGGUGUUUGCUGGUGCCCAGGUGGUCUUAGGGCUGGCACGGAACAUGAGCAAGGCGUUCGACAUCAUUACCGAAGCUGUAGUCGAAAUCGGUCAUUCUCUCAAGUGCUAUGCUAAGUUUGCAGUAGCAUAUGAGACCUCUGAAGAGGUUCGUGAGCGGCUAGUCUCUUCUUACAAGAAUAUUGUCAAGUUUUGGGCCACGGCGACGAGACUACUUGACCAGAACUUCAUUAUUGGAACAAUGAAAAGCAUCCUGAACCCUCUAGCAGACGAAGUUCAGGGUACACUGGACUCGUUGCGUCGAGAUUCUAGUAGGGUGGAAUCAAUAGCCCAGGCCGAAGAAGCUGUGCGAGCCAACGAAGACAGGAAGAAAGCGAAAGCAAAGCAUGCAGAGAAACUGAAAAAUGGAAUUCGUGACUGGAUAAGUGCGGGUGAUGACCUUGACGUUCGCGGCGACCUUCAGUUUCACUCUGAGCGUAGGCAUGGCACGACAUGCUCGUGGAUAUUCGACAACGACAAAUUUCAACACUGGCGCGACAGCACGGCGGAUCCAGUCCUCUGGUAUAAUGCACCUCCUGGGUCGGGAAAGACCAUUCUGUCUUCUUCCGUGGUCAAGCACCUUGUCGAGAGAGGUCUGCCAGCUGCAUACUUUUUCUACUCGUUCAGCGACUUCACCAAGCGUAAACCCCUAUCCGGUUUAAGAGCACUGGCACUUCAGCUAUUAAAUAUCCUGAAAGCCGGUAUCCCUGACCGAGUUGUCGAAAUAUACAGACAAGAGAUGGAGAACAAUGUGAGGCAUCUACGACUGCGAGGCCAUGCGAUGGAAGUUUUACAUGAGUUGUUGAAACAAUGCCCUCUCGUCUACAUGAUUGUUGAUGGUCUGGAUGAGAGCCUCGAUGACGAGAAUAUGCGGAAUGUUUUCAGCUCCAUUGUGUCUGCCCCUGUAUAUGGAACAGUGAGAUGGUUCUUCACCAGUCGGAAGGAAGGGCAGAUCCAUGGUAUGAUGGAAAACCUGAACGCAACAUUUCUGUCUCCGACACAGCCCAUACUUGCGUCAGAGAUCAAGCUCUUUUUGGCAGAGGGGUUGCGCCCAAUUGCAGAAUCUUUGGAGGACGUCGACGACUAUGUCGAGUACAGCGAAGGGAGCUUUCUGUAUUCGAAGUUUUUGCUUGACACCCUUCGUGGAAAGGGUGUUACGUGUGAUGCAGACAUCAAGAAAGCUCUACAUGAGUUUCCACAAGGCUUGACAGGAUACUAUAUGCGCAGUCUGCUAAGAUUGGCGUACCGUAGUCCAUCUGAGCGUGAUCUUAUUCUGAAUCUUUUCACGUUUCUCAUCACCGCUGUUCAAUCCGUUGCAUGGAAUGAGCUCCGCAACGCCCUUGCGAUUAGACCAGGCGCUCGGGAGUAUUCGACCGACUCAUUGCCAAAGGAAGACGCAAUACACGAUCUAUGCGGCUCACUGUUGUUAUUCGAUCGUUCCUCGGAACAGGACAAGGAUAAUCCUCGGGUGAAAUUAUUUCAUAAAACGAUUCAGGACUUUUUGCUUCAAGAUCCCCAGGAAUUACAAAUCGACAAGUCAUUUAGCCACGUUGAGGAGUUUACACUCAAAGAGAUGAAGAAGUUCUUCAUUGACACUUCGGAAGGCUCCGUGAAGGUUGGGCUAGAUUGUAUGACGCUUUUGCAAUAUCGUCGCUACCGAUCAUUUUCGGCAGCAAAAGUGAUCUUGGACGACAACAGCACCGAAAACGCAUUCUUGAAAUAUGCCGCGGCGUUCUGGUUUCUACACUUCAUGGACACUGAACAUCAUUCCGAAGAGUCUUUUGAAGAAGUGCGCAAAUUCAUGGGAAGUCCAAAUUUUUGGACUUGCGUUGCUCUGCAGAGCUACGUCGUGCCUUAUAACUUUGGCCGCUAUGCGCGAACAGGGCCGAAGAAAUACCAAAUGGGCGUCCGCCGGGCAGAUUGGAGCGAGGGUGACUGCUUUGCUGUUCCUCUGCCUAAUUGGCUUGGCCAGUACGCGUAUGGGAAACAAUUGGAUCACGAUUUUUGUUCAUUUGUGAGCGACUGGCACGAGGUUCUUGCAUCACGACCUGGUACUUUGGACCAAUGUGUGCCUCUGAGCACCAUGCAAUCCAAAAUUGGAGAACAUCUCCAUCAAUCGGAUCGGAUCAAGGUCUGGAAAUUGAAUGAGAAGAUGGAUCUUGAAAAUUUUUCGCAGUUGCGGGUCAUGUCAAUCUCCCUUUCCCGUGGUAAGUUGUUCGCUGAGUUAGUCUGCAAGUCUCGGUCCGACCCUCCUGGACGACUUCACUACCACCGUAUUUCCGUUUUUUCCAAGGGAACAAAGGUUCACGGCAGUUAUGAUACAAGGAUCCAGUCAACAGAUCUGGAAAGCCUUGACACGGACUUUCAACUUGUACAUAACGACUCUCAAGCCCGAGUGAUGAAGUUUGACGGGUCUCAUCUUCAACUGGUGCGGUCGAUAGACGGUCUGUCCCAGACUUUCUCACCCCCAAGCACCUGGAAGGCGACUGUACCAAAUCAAACUUGGGGCAUCAAGUGGAAGUCCGAUUGCCUUGUGCUUCACGGGAAACUUGACAUCUUCCAUGUGGUCCGAGAUGCAAGCCGGUCGGCUAAAGAAACGCACGACGACACGGAGUCCUCGGACUCGGAUUCCGACUCCAGCUCAGAGUCUGAGUCUGAUUCUGACUCUAUUACUGAUUCGCACUAUGAUUCUGGAUACGAAGAGGGAUCCACCUCCAGAACGCGAUCGAGGGCGCUGGACAACGCACCCGAGCAAUGUGUCAUUAUUGUAUGGGAAACAUCACCACCUUUGUGGAUUCCCAUCACUCCGAAUAAGGGACUACGUCAGGGGAUCCCAUUUGCUGUGCACCCAUCUCUGCCAAUCGUUGUGUUGGGCGAUCUCAACGGCCACAUGAUUACCGCCAAUAUGCAUAGUGGUACUUGGCAUAUUGAGGAUGACCCUCGGCGGAUGGAAGACGACAAGUCUUUGACCAUAUGGCAAGACCUCCGUUUCUCACCGUGUGGACAGUUCCUCUUUUCUUUGCAGGCAUGUUUCCAGGAAGAGGAGAACCAUGCCGAAUGCAAGGUAUCGCUGUCCACGGGUCGCUUCACUGCAAACGAAGGGAACAAAAACUCGCUAGAUGAACUGCGCAUUCACCGACCGAUUACGUAUAAGAUAAAAGAAUCCCUCGAUAGCCUCCCAUCAGAGCUUGUUAUCGCGCAUUGGAGUGACAGCGAAGUCGUCAUCGCACUUCCACCACUAACCUGCGAGCCCAAAAUAGUCAAAUUCGGUCUUCCUCAAAUACCCGACGUUGGACCUGAUCCUUCUCUCCAUGUUGAAACUCUACAGACUCCGAUCUACUUCCCCUCCUCGGCUAUAGUGUCGAGCCCGUUACUACUGUACCGGCAUAGGUCUUCAUCAAAAGAUCACGAGCUAUUUUUGGCUCUCACCCAGAAGAAGUCGGUCUCCAACUCUACAAAUUAUGGGAAACAGGCACCCUCAGUUACGUCGUCACCUAUAGUCAUUCGAUGGAAGAUACCGCACGAAGAUGGAUGGAGAGUGUGGGAUCCGAAUGUCGAUGAAGAGUCUGAAGACCUGAAGCGAGGUGUUGACGAGGCCCGUAUUUUGCGUGGGGGUUUUGUUGAUGGUGAUAAGCGAUUCUACGUUCCCAUUCGGAGCGGACUAGAUUGGACAAGAACGGCAUAUUUGACAUGUUGCUAA